AUGGCAAGCAUCUUUGCGUACCUGAACUACCAUGUUCCCCGGACAAGACGGGACAUCCUGGAGACCCUUAUCAAAGGGCUUCAGCGGCUGGAGUACAGAGGCUAUGACUCUGCAGGUCUGGGAAUCGAUGGCGGAAACGACAAAGACUGGGAGGCUAAUGCUUGCAAAAUCCAGCUUAUCAAACAGAAGGGGAAAGUGAAGGCUCUGGACGAGGAGGUUCACAAGCAACAGGACAUGGACCUCGACAUCGAGUUUGACGUACACCUUGGAAUCGCCCAUACCCGCUGGGCUACCCACGGCGAGCCCAGUCCUGUCAACAGCCACCCGCAACGCUCGGAUAAAAACAACGAGUUCAUCGUCAUCCACAACGGCAUCAUCACCAACUACAAAGACCUGCGGAAGUUCCUGGAGAGCAAAGGGUACGACUUCGAGUCGGAGACAGACACGGAGAGCAUCGCCAAACUGGUCAAGUACAUGUACGACAACCGGGACAGCGACGACAUCAGCUUCACCACCCUGGUGGAGAGGGUCAUCCAGCAGCUGGAAGGUGCUUUCGCCCUUGUGUUCAAAAGCGUCCAUUAUCCUGGCCAGGCGGUGGGUACCAGGCGAGGCAGCCCCCUGCUCAUCGGAGUGCGCAGCGAGCACAAGCUCUCCACCGACCACAUCCCCAUCCUCUACCGGACGGCUGUACAAUCUAUGGAUCAUUCUUUUGAUGGAAUAUCCAUAAAAAUGGAGGAAGGUAAAGACAAGAAGGGAAGCUGCAACCUGUCUCGUGUUGACAGUACCACCUGCCUUUUCCCUGUCGAGGAGAAAGCUGUGGAGUACUACUUUGCUUCUGAUGCCAGUGCUGUCAUUGAGCAUACCAACAGAGUGAUUUUCCUUGAAGAUGAUGAUGUAGCAGCUGUGGUCGAUGGCCGUCUUUCCAUCCACCGGAUUAAACGCACAGCAGGCGAUCACCCCGGACGUGCCGUCCAAACCCUGCAGAUGGAGCUUCAGCAAAUUAUGAAGGGUAACUUCAGCUCAUUUAUGCAGAAGGAAAUUUUUGAACAGCCGGAAUCUGUUGUUAAUACCAUGAGAGGAAGGGUCAACUUUGAUGACUACACUGUGAAUCUCGGUGGGUUGAAGGAUCAUAUUAAGGAGAUUCAGAGGUGUCGUCGUUUAAUCCUUAUUGCUUGCGGGACAAGUUACCAUGCUGGAGUUGCGACCCGUCAGGUUCUGGAAGAACUGACUGAAUUACCUGUUAUGGUUGAACUAGCCAGUGACUUCUUGGACAGAAACACCCCUGUCUUCAGAGACGAUGUUUGCUUUUUCAUCAGCCAGUCAGGUGAGACAGCAGAUACACUGAUGGGCCUGCGGUACUGCAAGGAGAGAGGAGCCCUGACCGUAGGAAUAACGAACACAGUCGGCAGCUCUAUAUCACGAGAGACAGACUGUGGAGUCCAUAUCAAUGCAGGACCAGAGAUCGGGGUUGCCAGUACCAAGGCCUACACCAGCCAGUUUGUCUCGUUGGUGAUGUUUGCCCUGAUGAUGUGCGAUGACAGAAUUUCCAUGCAGGAAAGGCGCAAGGAGAUCAUGCGUGGUCUGAAGGGGCUGCCAGACUUAAUUAAAGAAGUGCUGAGUAUGGAUGAUGAGAUCCAGAAGCUCGCCACAGAGCUGUACCAUCAGAAGUCCGUUCUCAUCAUGGGACGUGGCUACCAUUAUGCUACAUGUCUUGAGGGAGCUUUGAAAAUUAAAGAAAUUACCUACAUGCACUCCGAAGGGAUAUUGGCAGGUGAGCUGAAGCACGGCCCUCUCGCGCUGGUGGACAAACUCAUGCCUGUUAUCAUGAUCAUCAUGAGAGACCACACAUAUGCCAAGUGCCAGAAUGCUCUCCAGCAGGUCAUUGCGCGGCAGGGGCGACCCGUUGUGAUUUGUGAUAAGGAAGACAUCGAGACAAUUAAGAACAAUAAGAGAACAAUCAAAGUUCCCCAUUCGGUGGACUGUCUGCAGGGGAUCCUGAGCGUCAUUCCCCUUCAGCUUCUGGCGUUCCACCUUGCAGUUCUCAGAGGAUACGAUGUUGAUUUUCCAAGAAAUCUGGCCAAGGCCGUAACUGUAGAGUGAAAGAUCAUCUGAAUCAUAGGGGCAAAGGGGAAUUAAAUGAAAGACUUUUUUUGGUACCAAAAUAACUUGAUUUUAAAGUCCCCUAGGUAAAUCUUAUUUUGGUAAAUCAUUGUUUGUGUAUAAGAUCACCGUAAUUCCAUUACAUUAGUGAUUGUCAAAUUGAUUCCACGUGCUAUGUCAAUAGCUUUGGGGUUUUUUGAACAACGGACUUCCAUGAAAGAUAUUAAAUGGUUUUCUUUAAAGAUUA